GUUUACUGUAGGAGUGUUGGUGAGCAGUGGGAAGAGAUCUAAAGAUCUUCGCAGGUUCUCGCUGAUGACCCUGAAAACCCUUGGGAUGGGGCGCAGGAGCAUUGAAGAGAACGUGUCCAAGAAGAGGGCUAAGAUGCUGGUGAAAGCCUUCAGUGAAUUUGGAGAUUCAGUUGUCAAUCCCAAAGAAUUGCUUUGCAAUUGUGUUGGCAAUGUGAUCUGCUCCAUAGUCUUUGGGCACAGGUUUGAACAUGACGACCCAAUGUUUCAGCUCAUCCAAAAGGCUGUUGAUGACUACUUCAAAGUCCUCAGCAGCCCUAUUGGAGCGAUGUACAACAUGUUCCCUAGAAUCUUUGGUGCUUCCAGGCAAACACCAUGAGAUGUUUGCUUCGUAAACAAGGCCAAAGCUUACAUACAAGGGCAAGCAGAAAUCCGUCUUAAAACCCUUGACACCUCUGAACCUCAGGACUUCAUCGAGGCCUUCCUGGUUAAAAUGCUGGAGUAGAAAACACCGCAUGAUCCUCACAUUGGAGGUGAACCUCUUACACAUUAUGAAAUA